UUGCCACCAAUGCCAGCUAUCGCAACAGCGGUACAAAGUGGCAGUGGUCUGUUAAAUUAUACGAUAAACGCGCUUCCUUUUGAGCUACAUAUCCCAGGCUAUCAGUUUUGUGGCCCGGGCACUCGUCUGGAAGAACGAUUGGCGAGGGGCGAACGAGGUAUAAAUCCAUUGGACGCGGCGUGCCGCGAUCACGACAUUGCGUACUCGCGUAGCAAGGAUCUCGCUGAGAGACACGUGGCGGACAAGAUACUCGCCGAGAGAGCACGGAAACGCAUUACCGCCAGAGAUUCGACUCUUGGAGAGAAAGCUGCUGCUACAGCUGUUUGGACGACUAUGAAAGCCAAGACAAAGAUCGGUAUGGGUUUGAAAACGAAGAAGAAGAAGAGAGUGGCGAAGAAGCGAAUACUUCCGGUAUCGAAACGCGGUUGUGUAUUACCGCUUCUACCAAUAUUAGGUGUACUCGGAUCCAUGAUCGGUGGAGCGGCUAGCGUGGCGAAGGUGGUGAGCGACAACAAAGCUGUACAACGUCAACUCGAGGAGCAGCAACGUCACAAUCGCGCGAUGGAAGGUCGCGGUGUACAUCUCGCUCCAUACAAACGUGGACGGGGUGUAACGAAACAAGGAAGGAAAAAAACGUCGAAAAAGCAUUAA